UCCCUCUCUCUCUCUCUCUCUCCCUCCCUCCCUCCCUCCCUCCCUCCCUCCUCGGUGGUGAUUCAAAAGCUAUUGAGAAGCCGGGGUUGGUUAUACUUCCCAUGGGAUUCUGAGUUCUUCGAUCGAGAUUAAAGAUUCGUCUCUCGGAUAUAUCCUUCGUCAGGUUAGGGCUUAUGUAUACUCUGAAAGAUGGAUUCUCAUGAUGAGGCUGGAUGCCAAGCUCCUCCGGAGGGUCCUUUCCUGUGCAUCAACAACUGUGGCUUCUUCGGUAGUGUAGCCACUAAGAACAUGUGCUCCAAGUGUCAUAAAGACGUGAUGCUGAAACAAGAUCAGGCUAAGCUUGCUGCUUCAUCUAUUGAAAAUUUUGUCAAUGGAUCGUCUAGUAGCUUUAAGGAAGUGCCUGAAAGUGUUAGCAAUGAUGCCAUUUUUGUGGAACCAAAGACUGGUGAAUCACAUACACUGCCAGCAAUGGGAUCUGUGGAAGGUGAGAAACCAAAAAAUGAGGGUCCAAAACGUUGCAACUCUUGUAACAAGCGUGUUGGUUUAACCGGGUUCAAUUGUCGGUGUGGUAAUGUAUUUUGUACAGUUCAUCGUUACUCUGACAAACAUGACUGCCCCUUUGAUUACCACAUGGCUGCUCAAAAUGCCAUAUCGAAAGCCAACCCAGAAGCUCGAUAAGAUCUAGAUUUCUCAGUACAAGUAUGUGUCCUAAAUUGAUAUUCAUAUCCAGCUGUGAGAUGGCUUCUGAUUUGCUGCAAAUCUAUGUAUUCUCGCAUUAUGUUCAUAUAUAUGUUGAUGAUAUUACAGUUACAAUAUAUCUGAGCUGUGUUCUGGUCUUGCAUCAA